GGACCAGGGAGCCCUGGAAUGGGAACCAGGCAAUAAAAGAAAUGUCACAAGGGCGGGGGGCAGGGCCAGCUGCCUGCAUCAGGGAUAAAAGGCCUCUACGGAGUGACAGGGAAGCAAGACAUCACCCCACUUCCUCCAUACACCCAGACUCGGGCCUGUCCCCGAGGGUCUCGGUCUCUCUGUGAGCAGCUCUCUCUGUCUCUGCCCCUUAGCCUCGGGGUGUCCGCUUCUUCCUCUCUCACGUCCUCUCUGCAGUUGGCAGCCCCCGGCCCCCAGCCCCCAGAAUGUUCCUCCUGCUGACAGCACUGCAGGUUGUGGCUGUGGCCAUGGCCCAGAGCCAAGAGGAUGAGAACAAGAUAAUUGGUGGUUACACCUGCACCCCGAACUCCCAGCCGUGGCAGGCGGCCCUCAUGGCAGGGCCCUUUCGUCGUUUCAUCUGUGGAGGGGCCCUGCUGUCAGACCGGUGGGCCAUCACUGCGGCUCACUGCGCACGCCCGAUCCUUCACAUAAUCCUGGGCAAGCACAACCUGAGGACUUGGGAGGCCACCCAGCAGAUGCUGCGUGUGGUUCGCCAGGUGCCACACCCCCAGUACAACGCCCAGACCAACAAUAACGACCUGAUGCUGCUGCAGCUGGAGCGGCCGGCCCGGCUGGGGAGGUCAGUGAGGCCCAUCGCCGUGGCCAGGUCCUGCGCCAGCCCAGGGACCUCCUGCCGCGUGUCGGGCUGGGGCACCACGUCGAGCCCCGCUGCCAGUUACCCCAACUCCCUGCAGUGCGUGAACAUCAACAUCUCCUCGGACCAGGAGUGCCGGCGGGCGUAUUCCAGAGCCAUCACAGACGGCAUGAUCUGUGCAGGGGUCCCGGAAGGCGGAAGGGACUCCUGUCAGGGUGACUCCGGGGGACCCCUGGUGUGCAAUGGACAGCUCCAGGGCCUGGUGUCCUGGGGGAUGGAGCGCUGUGCUCAGCGUGGCUACCCAGGGGUCUACACCAACCUGUGCAAGUAUCAACCCUGGAUAGAGCAAGUCAUUCGGAACCAGUGAUGGCCAGUGGGGCCCAGCACCAGCUGCCCGCAUGCAUCCCCAGACCUGUUCUCUCUGCUCCAGACCCGGGGGUCCAGGCCCCCAGCAUCCCAGUCCUGACCCUGGCUCCCAACUCCUUUCUCCGGGUAGCGGCUGCAGCCUUCUCUCCCCGCCCCCACAGCAUCCCCUCCUCACUCAGGACCCCUUAGGCACAGGCGGGAAGGGCUUGAAGGCACCAGCCUGGCCCCAUAUUCCAGAGAAGACAGUGUUCAG